UCAGUUUCUAUAGUAGUAGAAAACAUUCCUUUGCUAUGGCAAUGAAGUUAUGUUCCCUUGUGGGCACCAGCAGGCGUUUUCAGCCUCACAUUCUUAUGGUUUUUGCGCAGAUUGUCUAUUCUUUUCUGUAUUUUAUAACAGAAGCUUCGUUUGAUCAUGGCAUGAAUCCUCAUGUUUACAUUACUUACAGACAUACACUGGCAGGAAUUAUGAUGCUGCCUUUUGCGUACUUUCUUGAAAGAAAAAUAAGGCCAAAGUUGACGGUAGCUCUUUUCCUGGAGAUUUUUGUUCUCUCUCUUCUAGGAGUCAGUUUGACUUUGAACAUGUAUUUUGCAAGCUUGAAGUUCACCUCUCCUACAUUUCUUGCAUCAAUGAUCAACACCAUAGCUUCCGUGACUUUUGUACUAGCAGUUAUCCUCAGGCUGGAGGUCAUCGAACUUCGAAACCCUCGUGGUAUAGCCAAAGUACUCGGAACUUUGGUUUCCUUGGCUGGUGUCAUGACCAUGACUUUAUUCAAGGGGCCUAUACUGAAGAAUCUCUGGCGCCCUAUCAUCCAUCUGCAAGGAGGCAACACAGUCAUCCAGGAUGAUUGGCUGAAGGGAUCUGUUUUAACUGUAUCAAGCUGCAUAACAUGGUCCAUAUGGUAUAUAAUGCAGGCAUACACAUUGAAAAGGUAUCCAGCACAAUUGUCGCUGACUACAUGGAUGAAUUUUGUUGGAGCUGCUCAAUCAGCAGUAUUUACAGUUAUUGCACAUCACAAGAGAGCUGAUUGGACGAUUGGCUUCAACAUUGAUUUCUGGUCUACCAUAUAUGGAGGGGUUGUCAUUUCUGGUAUGGUGACCUUGAUUCAGCUGUGGUGCACUGGACAAAAAGGACCGGUUUUUGUGACAAUGUUUAAUCCACUUUCGACAUUAUUGGUGGCAAUUCUGGCCUACUUUGUUCUUGGAGAAAAGUUGUACCUAGGCAGCAUAGUGGGUGGAGUUAUUGUGAUUUUUGGUCUUUAUUUGUUGCUGUGGGGCAAAAAAAAUGACCAUGAAGCACCAAUGUCCGCGGAUGAGGAGGGCAUCCCACAGCUGGAAGACCCAAAGAAGCUAAACUUCUCUUCAGAGGCAAAAUACGUAAACGGAGAACCUUAAGAUUACUCCACUUCCUCCAGGGAAAAAAAUAAUUACACGCUGUUAUAGCACAGACAGAUGAUUCAAAUGCUAGAAGGAAGAUAGAGCAUCAAGUACAGGAAAGAGACUUCGACAAUGGAGGCUUCCAAAAAAAAAAAUGGAAUUUUACAAUUUAAUGAAGCAAAUCUCUUCAACAUAUUCUAUCUCAAGAAGCCAAAGAGAAUAAAAGACUUUCAUGGCACAAUAUCUGAAUAACCUCCUGAUAAUUUUUGCCCAUAUGAGCUAGUCUAUCUCACACAUGAAAUGAAAGAUCUUGCUUAA